AUGGCUGCCGUCGACGCCUCGGCGGAGGCUGAGGACGCAGUCUCUCCAAAAGACAAGACAGCCAUGGAGCAAGACAUGCCGCAACCCCCCCUCCGUGCCAUCAACAACCCUCUGAAUGCACUUCAAAUGCGCGCCGAUCCGGAUGCCCAAGCCACGGUCACCGACUUUCUCGACUUUACCGAGUAUCUCCCGUCCGACAUGAUGCGCUCCCUGACGUUGAUCGGCCAGCUCGAUGCCCGCUACCACGACGCCUCACUGGACGUACACAACAUGACGACCACAUGGGGCCAGCUUCCCAAGAUCCCCGCCGACACGCGUCCCGCACCGAGCCAGCUUCGCGCCGCCAUCUCAGACGGCCUCAACCGGACCGUCAGCUCGCGGGCGUUUGCGCACGCCGAGGCCAUGCGCAUGGACGAGAAUGUGAACCGCCACUACAACCGCGUCAAGCUGAUCCUGUCCAAACUGCAGACCAUGUUCGAAAACUACCCGACGGAAGAAGAGCAGAAGAGCCCCGUGGCCGUGUCCAAGUCGCCGCAGCUGGCGAGGGCGCCGAAGCCGACGCUGCGCCUGGGCCACGGCGAGAAGGCGCGGCGUCAGAUGAUCCCGCGCAUCACCGUCCCCGGCGAGGUCCUGGCGCCGUACGACAACUUUGAGGCCUACAGCUCCGAUAGCGACGAGAGCUCCGACGACGAGGACAUGGACAUUGCGCCGUACAAGGCCGGCGCGGCGUCCAACGCGCGCGUCAAGCUCAUGAAGCCGCCCAAGACGCCCAAGCCGCAAAAGACGCCCAAGGCACCCGGCUCGAGACCGCCCAAGUCGGCGGGCGGAGCAGGUUCGGCGGUUGCGCCGCCCGCCACACCCCUGCCGCCGCCGAAGAAGCCGCCCGAGAAUGCCGUGAUAGGCAGCGCAGACGCCCCGUGGCUCCAACUGACCGCGUGGGAGCUCGCCAAGCUGCGAAAGCGCAUGAAGAAGAAUGCCCAGUGGACACCUAGCGACACCAUGAUCUCGCGAGAGCUGAACGACCUCGGCCGUGGCAUUGAUGCGUACCGAGAGGCGAAGAGAAAGGCGGAGGAGGAAGGCAUCGCCUUUGACCCCGCCCCUUCGGCCAUUGCGGCCGAGUCCGAGAACGGCAACCAGCAGACGCCCGAGGGCGCUCUGAGCGCGGCCGCUCUGCAGUCGGAUGAGGUCCAGCUGAGCAACAGGGGCAUGAAGCUCAACGAAGCCAAGAAGCUGAAGAGAGAGUCGCUCGCGAAACAGGCCGCCGAGGAGGCCGAGGAAUCUGCCCGCCUGUUUAAUGAAACGGCGAGGAUGCUGAUGACGCCCCAGCAGCCGCAGUCCAACUCGCAAGCGAAGACGUCGGGCAAGCCCCCCGCUUCGGCCAAUCGAAGCCACAAGCGCAAGAGGGAUUCGGCGACGGAGCCAGAGCCUCCAAAGAGUGGCGAGCCAGAGAAGGCCGCGCCACGGCCGCCGCCUGCCAAACGGACCAAGACGGAAACGCCCGUGCCGCUUCCUCAUCUACGCGCAAGCCUGAGCACCCAGCCGCUGACCGAGACGCCCGUUCUCCCGCCUGUCUUGACGCCAGGGGGAACCGCCGUGACACCGCAUUCGACCACGCCAGUACCGCUCCCUGUCCCCGGGCAGGACGCGACCAAGAGGACGGUGUCGCCGGCACUGUCCAAAGAAAAUGGCGCUGGUGCUGGCACCAUCACGACGGUCAUUCCUGUCAAACCUCCUGCCGAGACCCCCGUCCCAGCGCCCAUUUUAUCACCAAGAAAAUCCACCACACCGAUCCUUCCUCCCAUUCCCCAGUCAUCCAAAAGAGAGACGAGGGGCGACGUGGCGAAGAAGCCGUCGUUCUCGGAGUCUGAAGCCUCCCAGCAGUCCGCUCCUGUCCUGCCACCGCUCCAGCUGGAGCACACCGACCAGCUGCCAGAGCCACGCCAGCUACGCCAGUCGUCCGCCGCGCCCUCCAUCAAGCAAAGCAAGUCCCGAUCCAGCACGCCGGGCCUCACGCCGGGCCCAGACGGCACAUUUCCCCGCGCGCGUCCUGCCUCCCGAGGCCAAGCUUCGAGUCAAGAGUCGCAGCCCUCGCUGGCGACGGACCGGCCGCGGCGCGCCAGCACAGCGCGGAACACGCCCGUGCCUGACGCCGCCGCCGUGGCCGCCGCCCUCGCGGCACGGCAGACGAGCAAGCGGACGAGGCGGCCCGCGCCAGGUGUCGUGAGCACGACAACGUCAGGCGGUAGCAGCGCCGUCGGCAAGCGCAAAAAGGCACCCAGCGUGAAGAAGCGCGUGCGGCCGCAGAAGAAGAGCAACGGGCAGCAGCAGAUGGUGGAGGAGACGGAAGAGGUCGAUGACGAGGGGAACCCGAUUGACGCGGACGAGGCGCGCUAUUGCCUCUGCGACCGCGUGAGCUUUGGCGUCAUGAUCAGCUGUGAUAAUACGAAUUGUCUGAAGGAGUGGUUCCAUCUGGAGUGCGUCGGCUUGAGCGCUAUUCCGGCGCGGACAACGAAAUGGUAUUGUCCCGAGUGCAGGGUUGCUCUGAACAUUGGGGAAAAGGGCGAGGUGACGGCGAGGGGGGUCAAGGCCUGA